AUGGAUGAUGACAUAAUUACCACAAAUGAAGAACAUCAUCUACAACAACCCUUUCUCAAAACAAAACCAAAGAAAACACUUUCCCAACGUGCGGUAAAAAAAACCUUCAAAACAUCAUCCCAUUUAGCCAGUCUCCUCCCAACAGGAACCGUCCUCUUUUUCCAAAUCUUGUCCCCAGUUUUAACCCACCAAGGAAAAUGCCUCACCUUUAUCAGCCGCUCUUACACCGCCGCUCUCCUCUCUUUCUGCGCCGCCUCCUGUUUCUUCCUCUGUUUCACCGAUAGCUUCCUCGAUCCCGCCGGAAAAGUCAGGCACGGAUUGGCAACGAUAUAUGGGAUUUGGGUUAUGGAUAGUCCGGUUGUAGGGGGUGGAUUGUCGCCGGAAGAAGCUGCUAAAUAUAGAGUUAGAUUUAUGGAUUUCUUCCAUGCUGUUUUAUCUGUUAUUGUUUUUGUUGGUGUGGCUUUGUUUGAUAAGAAUGUGGUGAAUUGCUUCUUUCCAAAGCCUUCUGAUGAGAUGAUCGAGAUUCUUUCGAUGUUGCCUCUUGGGAUUGCUGUGGUUUGUAGCACGCUUUUCGUUUUCUUCCCCACACAACGACAUUGUAUAGGUGUUUUCUGUCCGGCCGGAAAUACCCAGAAAGUUAUCGAGAAAGAUGUCACAUUUUUCUUCUGUAAAGACUCUCCUCCUCCCUGGUUCGAUGGCAGUAUUUCAGGAGAUUUUGGAUUCGACCCACUUGGAUUAGGAUCUGAUUCGGAACUGCUGAAAUGGUUUGCACAAGCUGAGCUAAUACACAGUAGAUGGGCAAUGCUUGCUGUGUCUGGAAUUCUGAUUCCAGAAUGGCUAGAAAGUCUGGGGUUUAUUGAGAAGUUCUCUUGGUACGAUGCAGGAGCACAAGAAUACUUCGCAGAUUCCACACCUUUAUAUAUAUUCUGA